AAAGGAAGGAGGAGCCAUGCAGACAGCCAACUCCAAAAUCAGGGGCAAGAUAUCAGACACUUCACUAGCUGGAGCACAGGAGGAAGAUGAAGACACCCUGCUGAAGAAAUACCCAGCACUGAUUGGAGGAGCACGUUUUAAACACAGAGCAUCCCAAGCUGGUAUGAGCUGCAUGCAGCUAGCAGAGGAGGAUGCUGAUCAGGAGGAGGCUGCAGCACUGCCGGUUGGGGCCAUGAAGGAGAGACUCAAGUCCCUGGGACAACAUGCUGUGGAUGUGUUUGGCAUGAUGAUGAACCUGGCCCAUGCUACUGUCAAGUAUCAGUUCCAGGACUAUGUACACCUGCACCAGGUGAUGAAGCCCAAACACAGGCAGCAGAUGAAGGAACUCAUGACCAUGCUGGAAGGUGUAGAAGAAGACGAUGAUGAUGACGAUGAUGAUUUCAUGUACAAGGGCACAAGGAGGAGGUCGUCCAUCUUACACAAAUACUUCCUGGACAAUCGUAUGGAACAGAAGCUGAGAAAGACCAUGCAGGUGAAGGGUCUGAGAACCAUUGGCAGUGGCUUCCACCUACAGACCCCUCCCCGGCCUGCCACGGACUCCCAACAGGCCCAGGAACCCAGAUUAGUGCUGUCCAAGAGUUUUGUCCAACUCCGCAGCACGGUUUCCCGCGUGGGGACGACAGCGUCGGUACACAGGCCUGAGCUGGAGAUCCCCAAGGCCACAGUCUCCAGGGCUGGACUACCUGUACUGGCGGUGGGGCUCGGCAAUAGGAAAGGAGCCCAGACCACCUACCCCCGGGCCAGGAAAGGCAGCAUACAGCCGUGGAGAGACACUCAUCUCUACAAAAUGACUGCUCUGGAUCCAACCUACAGGGUGGUCAACCCGGGGGCAAAGGUCACAACAACAAAGCUGGGCUCAGGGUUCACUGUUCCAAUUAAGUUCAAGGGACAAGAGCCUAAACCGUUCAAGCCAAAGAGGACGACUCAAGUGAAAUCUCGGCCCAGAGAAUCCCUUCCCCACCCCCCGGGACUGACUUUUCCCCUCCCCUCUCUGAAGCCUACUCGUGUGCAGGGCAAACGUGCAAAAGGCACCAUCAGUACCUCUAAGGUUCAGCAAAGCAGGGACCAAGGGACAGUUCUACCUCUUCUGUUUGUGACUAGCAAACAGAUAUGAGGACACAACUCAAGCACAAUCAUGCUGAAUUGGACCUGCAAUCAUUUAUCAAUUAUGCAUUAAAUACAUGUAUUGUAAAUGGAACAUUCUUCCGUACUUGUACAGAUAAUGAAUGCUAUCAUGAUGAAAAUAUUUUGCAAAUACCAGAAUAGAAUUGGUGAAAACGUCAUAUUUAUGUAACAUAUCGUGUACAUACAUGUAUUGUCAACCAAAUUUUGUACAUAAGAGCUGUAAACCAAUGACAAUAAAGAUGGUUAAAAAACUAG